CAUCAAUGAUAGCACCUUUACUACACACUUCCGUCCCUAUUUGUUUCUGACUUAUGAGCUGCUGAAUAUUUUGGUGUCCCAUCGGAGAAAUAUCCACAGUUUUAUAUUCUGGACCAGGACAGGUUCCAUCAGCGCGAGAAGAGAAGAGAAGAGAAGAGAAGAGAAGAGAAGAGAAGAGAAGAGAAGAGAAGAGAAGAGAAGAGAAGAGAAGAGAAGAGUGGAGCGGAGCGGGUGACAAGUCAGUCAGCUAGGGUGACGCCUGAGAGGAGGGUGAGGCCUGAGUGACGGAGAGGGUGUGACCGCGACGUCCGUGACUGUGACAGCCCAGCAGCGUCUCCACGGUAACUAACGAUGCCCUCUGAGUGACAUCAGCAGGACAGGACACCAUAACGCUCAGCAUGAACAGCGAGGAGGAGUUCUAUGACGCCGAGACAGGAUUGGAAUCGGACGACGACUCCUGCGAGGUCAGCUUUAAGGAUGCUGUCUACGAGAACAAACAGACCUCCAAUGGCAACGCACAUCCGGAGAACGGGGUCUGGGAGAGGAGGACGACUCUACCUGCCCCCAUGUUCUCCAGGAACAACUUCAGUGUCUGGGGAUUCCUGAAGAAAUGCAUUGGCAUGGAGUUGUCCAAGAUCACCAUGCCCAUUGCUCUGAACGAGCCCCUCAGCUUCCUGCAGCGCCUGUCUGAGUAUAUGGAGCACACUUACCUCAUCCACAACGCAUGCACUUUGUCAGACUCCAUAGACCGGAUGCAGAUGGUGGCUGCCUUUGCUGUGUCAGCUGUGGCGUCUCAAUGGGAGAGGACUGGGAAGCCCUUCAACCCCCUGCUGGGAGAGACCUACGAGCUCACCAGGGAGGAGGAUGGCUACCGCAUGUUAGCGGAGCAGGUGAGCCACCACCCGCCCAUCAGUGCCUUCCACGCCGAGUCCCUGAACAAGGACUUCCAGUUCCACGGCUCCAUCUACCCCAAGCUCAAGUUCUGGGGCAAGGGCGUGGAGGCCGAGCCCAAGGGCACCAUCACCCUGGAGCUGCUCCAGCACAAAGAGGCGUACACCUGGACAAACCCCUUCUGUUGUGUGCACAAUGUCAUCAUUGGCAAGCUGUGGAUCGAGCAGUAUGGCACUGUUGAGAUAGUCAACCACAGCACCGGGGAGAAGUGUGUGCUGAACUUCAAGGCUUGCGGGAUGUUUGGGAAAGAGCUGCACAAAGUGGAGGGCUACAUCCAAGAUAAGAGCAAGAAGAAGAGGCGAAUCCUGUACGGCAAGUGGACGGAGUGUUUGUACACCAUAGAGCCAAGUGUGUACGACGCCCACAAGAAGGCAGAGAAGAAAUCAGGCGGAGACUCCAAGAAACAGAAGCAGGAGCAGAGUGCAGGUGGAGAUGAUGCUGACGACAUGCCAGAGGUGCAGGAGACGGUGACCAUGAUCCCAGGAAGCACCCUGCUCUGGAGGAUAGCACCGCGACCGCCACACUCAGCUGAGAUGUACAACUUCACUAACUUCGCCAUGACUCUGAACGAGAUGGAGCCCGGCAUGGAAAAGGUGCUGGCACCGACCGACUGCCGCCUCCGCCCUGACAUCAGGGCCAUGGAGAAGGGAGACGUGGAUACCGCGAGCUCGGAGAAGGAGCGACUGGAGGAGAAGCAGAGGGCGUCGAGGAAAGAGCGGGCGAAAGAUGAGGCGGACUGGUCAAACAGGUGGUUCAGCCAGGGUAAGAACCCCCACACUGGCAACCAGGACUGGCUCUACAAGGGCGGCUACUUUGACAGGAAGUUUACUGACAGCCCUGACAUCUACUGAAACGGAAACAAGGGAGAAGACAAGGAGAGGAGGACGGGUUGACUUUGAGCCUCUUUCUUUCUCUCUCUCUCUCUCUCUCUCUCUUUCUCUUUCUCUCUCUCUCUCUCUCUCUUUCGCUUAUUGGACUCAUAUCAUGUGGUCUUUGCUCUAACCUCUCCUCACACCAUCUAGAUAUUUAAACAGAAAUAGUCCUCUAGAAACUGAGAUUGAAUUUAAGCGUAACAGUUUACUGAACUGAUGGAGCUUCUCAUCUUCCACAACAAGGGACUCUUCAACUGGAACCUGGACAUUCAUCUCUCUGUAUCUUUCUGGAUUUUACCUUCUCUCCAUUAUGUAUUUUUAUUUUUGUUUGCUUUGUUUUGUCUUUGGUUAUAGUUUUAUUUUUUAACAAUGGAGGAUUAUAUGUCACAGUUAAGUUGCCAUCUGUGGUUGUUGUCAUGACAACCAUGCUUAAUCCCGCCCCCAGCACUUUUUUGGUGACGUUUUUGGGGCACUCGCCUCAGUCAGGUGUGUGUUUGUUGUUUUUGUUUUUUGUUUUUUUGGGGGGGUGCAACUGUCUCAAUCUUUUCAAAUACUGUGACAUUUUUUUGGUAUUCGGGGCUUUCUCUAAACACUUUCUAACCAGGUUUCAGUCAUUGGGAAAGGAAAAAAGCAAACUAUGGUAUUUAUGACACAAUCAUGAAUCUAUUUAAAGUUUCAAUCAAUUGCCAAUGUUUUCGUCGUGCACACGGUAUGUAAUACCAUUUGUUGUCCACUAACCUGACCUCUGUGAUGGUAGACUCUUGAGAAUGAUGGCCUUGCUUUCUGCGAAAAGCUCCCUCGACAGUUUUUUGGAAUUAGCUUCAAAUACAUUUUAGAUGACAAAUACAUUAGUGGAGUAAGGAUAUUUGCUUCUGAAAUGUUUUGACAAAAAUUGCACCUCAAUGUCAAGCCAAUAUGACUUGUGGUCUCACUAAAACCUCUGCCACACAACAAGCAUGGCCUAUGAAGAGAGUUAAUACAUUUUUAAAAAAAGAUAGACGUAAUCUGAAAUGUUUACUACCGUGCACUGUGUAGGGAACAUAAACAACCACUACAAAUGUUUAACUACUGGUUUAUUUUACAAUUACAAUAACAUAUUUGAUUGCUUAUAAAUGAUGAAUGAAUCACUUGUAGAUAGCAAACAAUGUUUACUGAAGAUGUUGCAUACAAAUACUUUACCAGUUUAUGGAAAUGUGAAAUUGUAACACUUUUCUUAUUAACUGUAAAUAAAUAGCACAUCAUUAAGUGUAUAAUUCAAUAUUGAAUUGUUCACAUUUUAUGAAACGAUAAUUACAUGUGUAAGUAACAUACUUAGCAAUCAUUGACAUAUUAAACCAUUAAUUAACCAUUUGUAGUGGAUGGUUAUUAUAAAGUACUAUCAACAAAAGUGGGGUAUGUUUCUCGAAAGUUGCCAAUGGGAAAUUGCAUUGCAAACAACAAAGUAGGUAACAUAGUUAUUAACUAUGGUUUCGAGAAAUCCAUCCCAGUACAACUUGCUCCCUUCUUACGGUUUUGGACACGGCACACCUGGGGCCUAUACUACAAAGCUGGUUUAGGAGUAAAUCAGGUUAAGUUAAGAGGUAAAUCAUCUUAAUACAUGAGGACUAUCUUCUAUUAGAUGAUUUACUUAACCUGGUUGACUCCUGAACCAGCUUUGUAGUAUAGACCCGUGAUUUACAAUGGGAGGGAUGGGAGGGGGGCGGCCAGUCAACCUCUACCCUAAUUUGAACACCUAAUCUCAGUGAGCAACAGUGGCCUGACCUUGGCAAAACAUUUACAAAACGCACACGCGUUCAGCUAACGUUAUACAAUGUGUAUGCCUAAUAGCCGCACAUGCAUGCUUGACUAUGUUACCUGUACUACAGAUGAUGUUUUUUUUUUCGUUUCCUUUUGGGUUUUACAACUAGAACUCUGGAAUAAUGAAACGCUGCUUCUAAUAAUGAUGUUCUAAUAACUUCCUCAGUAAAGGAAAAAAAAAGUUAUACGGUGGGUUUAUUUUUCACAAUUAUUAUGAACUAAUUAACGUUAAUAUUUUGAAGAGCUUACAAGUGAGAGUGGAUUUGUGGUUGCCAAAGCAGUUAUUUCCUAGAAACUAAAAGCCAUAGAACUUAAGGACUUUAUGGAGGGUGAUUUUUAUUUUUUCAUUUCUACUAUUCUAUCUUCCGGGGUGCAGAAGUGUGGGCUGCUUCGGCAUGCUUUUUUUUGACUGUGAAUACACAGAAGUGAAGACACUGUCAAGACACACGCACACAGACACACACUCUCUCUCAACAUACAUCUACUGAACACACGCACACACACACAUGCACACACACACACACAUGCACAUAGCACCUAACAUACAGUAGUUUCUCUUUUUAUAUUCAGUGCAUAAUUAGCAGGGAGAGACAUAUACUGCAAAUGGAAUUACCGGGUGGUGAAUGUAUAUGUCGUGGAUCUGCUGAGUCU